AUGCAAAGACCUUCAACCUUAAUUCCAUCAUCUACAGGCUGUAAUAUACCUCCUACCGUUCAGUUUCUAGCUGCGCCAAUAGAUAAUUCUACAAUUAAUGUUACCUCGCCUUCUUGCCUCUCUGGAGUCGAAAAUCGAAUAAUUUUGAAUGUUGGGGGUAUUAGAUACGAAACUUAUAGUCAUGUUUUGAAAAAAAUCCCAGCAACUCGUUUAUCCAGAUUAACUCCAAAUUUGUCAAAUUAUGACCCUGUAAAGAACGAAUAUUUUUUUGAUAGACAUCCAGGAGCUUUUUCUUUGAUUCUGAAUUAUUAUAGAACUGGAAAGCUGCACUAUCCAGCAGACGUUUGUGGUCCUCUUUUUGAGGAAGAACUCGAAUUUUGGGGGCUGGAUUCAAACCAAGUAGAGCCUUGUUGUUGGAUGACCUAUACAAAAUACAGGCAGAAAUUAAAAUUAUUUAAAAUUCAAAAAAACUUUAAAGAGAAACCCAAGAAACUUUAGC